ACACUAACCAAUAGCAAAUCUGAUUGAUGAAUUAACAAAUGUUUAAACUUUAAUCCAGUUUUAGAUUCAUCCGAGCUGUCGCGUGCCCCCUUUUUCUUCUGUUUGUCACUUUCACUUUCACAUUCCUUCUUUUUACACUUUUUCAUCCCACAAAAUUUUGCCUUUUCGAGUGUUGAGCACUUGAGCUCGCUCGCUCAGUUACUGCUCCAACAACUGUACAUACAAAGAUUGUAUGUAUAAAUAAGAUUCACACCACCACACAUUCAUUCCAUUCUUGCUUCUUGUCCUAAUCUCGAGCAGAAAUUUUGUGGUUUUCUGACACUCCUACUAGCUCACCACUCACAACACACAGACACUCAUUAUUUUCCAAGAUUUUUGAUUUAUACUGUAAUUCCCUGGUAGAGGUAGUACAGUUAUACAUGCAAUUUAGAUACAGAGAGAGAAGAAAAAGAUACAAUUUUGAGGGGGGAAGUUGUUGAUCGGAGAAUUAGAUAUGAGAAUUAGUUCAUUUUCUAAGUGGGUUUUUGGGUUGUGCAUGUUGGUGAUUCUUGGAUGUAGGCUGGUGAAAUGCAGUGUUACCUAUGAUAGAAAGGCCCUAAUUAUCAAUGGGCAGAGAAGAAUUCUCAUUUCUGGUUCUAUACAUUAUCCCAGAAGCACUCCCGAGAUGUGGGAAGAUCUGAUUAACAAGGCUAAAGAUGGAGGUCUUGAUGUAAUUGAGACUUAUGUGUUUUGGAAUGCUCAUGAGCCUAGUCCUGGCAAUUAUAACUUUGAAGGGAGAUAUGAUCUGGUGAGGUUUGUGAAAACCGUUCAAAAAGCAGGGUUAUAUGCUCAUCUUCGCAUUGGGCCUUAUGUUUGUGCAGAGUGGAAUUUUGGCGGAUUUCCGGUUUGGCUGAAAUAUGUGCCAGGGAUCAGCUUCAGGACAGAUAAUGAGCCAUUCAAGAUGGCAAUGAAAGGUUUCACUAAGAAGGUAGUCGACAUGAUGAAGAGCGAAAGUCUUUAUGAAUCUCAGGGCGGCCCCAUUAUUCUCUCCCAGAUUGAGAACGAGUAUGGAUCACAAGCGAAGCAACUUGGCGAACCAGGUCAUCAAUAUGUAACGUGGGCUGCAAAGAUGGCUGUUGGAUUGGAUACUGGUGUUCCUUGGGUGAUGUGCAAGGAAGAUGACGCCCCAGAUCCUGUGAUUAAUACAUGCAACGGGUUCUAUUGCGAUGCUUUCUCCCCAAACAAGCCUUACAAACCGUCUAUCUGGACCGAGGCUUGGAGUGGCUGGUUUACGGAAUUCGGUGGUCCAAUUUACCAGAGGCCAGUUAAAGAUUUGGCAUUUUCUGUUGCUAAAUUCAUCCAAAAUGGGGGCUCAUUUGUUAACUACUACAUGUAUCAUGGUGGCACGAAUUUUGGUCGCUCUGCUGGAGGCCCUUUUAUAACUACAAGCUAUGACUAUGAUGCUCCACUUGACGAAUAUGGUUUGAUCAGGCAACCUAAGUAUGGUCAUCUUAAAGAUCUGCACAAAGCUGUUAAAUUAUGUGAGAAGGCUUUGGUUUCAGCAGACCUCACUGUGACUUCACUAGGAAACCUUCAGCAGGCUCACGUAUACUCUUCAGAAUCGGGAGAUUGUGCAGCCUUUCUUGCAAAUUAUGAUACUAAUUCUGCAGCAAAAGUGAUGUUCAAUAACGUGCAUUAUAGCCUGCCUCCUUGGUCGAUCAGCAUCCUACCCGAUUGCAAGACUGUAGCCUUUAACACAGCCAAAGUUGGAGUCCAAACAUCGGGAAUUGAAAUGCUGCCAAGUAACAGCAAAAUGUCUUCGUGGGAAACGUAUAAUGAAGAUUUAUAUUCUUCUGACGACAGCUCAACAUUUUCUGCAGUCGGCCUCUUGGAACAAAUAAAUGUUACUAGAGAUGCUAGUGAUUAUCUUUGGUACACAACCAGCGUUGAUGUUGGCUCGUCAGAGUCCUUUCUUCACAGUGGAGAGCGCCCCACUCUUAUCGUUCAGUCAGCUGGUCACACACUGCAUGUUUUUGUGAAUGGAGAGCUUUCUGCUUCUGCUUUUGGGACGAGGGAGAAGAGGAGAUUCACAUUUCGAGGGGAAAUCAAUCUUCGUGCUGGAUCAAAUAAGAUUAGUCUCCUCAGUGUCGCCGUUGGACUGCCAAAUGUUGGUGGGCAUUUUGAAACAUAUGAUACCGGAGUCCAGCCACCUGUUGUAUUGCAUGGACUCGACAAGGGAAAAUUGGACUUGUCAUGGGUUAAAUGGACAUACAAGGUAGGGCUGAAGGGAGAAAAGAUGAAUCUCAUCUCUCCAAAUAGCGUUUCUUCAGUCGACUGGACAAAGGGUUCACUGAUUGCACAGAAAGAUCAGCCUUUAGCAUGGCAUAAGACAUACUUCGACACACCUGAUGGAGACGAGCCACUUGCUUUAGACAUGGGUAGCAUGGGGAAAGGCGAACUGUGGGUCAACGGCGAGAGUCUUGGAAGAUACUGGACAGAGUAUGCUGCUGGUGAUUGCAACAGCUGUAGUUACAAGGGUGUUUAUAAGCCUCCAAAGUGUCAACUUGGUUGUGGGCAACCAACUCAGAGAUGGUAUCAUCUACCACGGUCAUGGCUAAAACCGACACAGAACCUCCUCGUGCUUUUUGAAGAACUUGGAGGUGACCCAAAAGGCAUCACUCUCGUCAAGAGGUCACUGACGAAAGUUUGUGCAGAUGUCGCUGAGUAUCACCCAAACAGUAAGAGAUGGCAAACUGAAAGCAACAGUAAAACACAAGUAUUCCGCCAACCCAAAGUUCACCUUCACUGUGAUCUGGGACAGUCCAUAUCUUCCAUCAAAUUUGCCAGCUUUGGAACUCCUUUGGGAACCUGUGGAAGCUUUCUACAAGGAACAUGUCAUGCUCCCACAUCAUACGACAUCUUAGAGAAGAAAUGCAUAGGGAAGCAAAGAUGCUCAGUGACAAUAUCAAAUGAUAACUUCGGGAAAGAUCCAUGUCCCAACGUGUUGAAGCGUCUCUCAGUUGAAGCAAUAUGUUCCCCUCGGAAAUAAUAUACUAGCAAAAGAGAAACAAAGACAAGAAUGAAAGGGAUCUAGUUAUGCUGUGUGCUGCUGCUGCUGUCAUUAUUCACCCGAUUCAGAUUGCAUAACACUAGAUAGGUUCUCUAUACUUCUUUAGGUUAGUUCGAAGUUAUGGGACUUGAAAAGUUCAAGUCCCCAAAACUCAAACCCUGGUAAAUUUGUCCCCUCUUGAAAGGGAAAUGUGAACCAGGAAUUCUGCUAUUUGUGAUCUAAGAGUAAAAGAAUAAAAUUCCAGUGUGGAAAAUAGGAAA